CGCACUUCCGCGCGCAUGGCGCUACUGCCGCGGGCGUUGGGCGUGGGCGCGGCCUGGAGCCUGCGGCGGGCAGCGCGCGCGCUCACCUGCGCCAUGGCGAGUCCCGGCGAGCCGCAGCCCCCACCGCCGCCGGCUGCUUCCUUCGACUACCUGGUGAUCGGCGGCGGCUCGGGCGGCCUGGCCAGCGCGCGGCGGGCGGCCGAGCUCGGCGCCAGGGCCGCGGUGGUGGAGAGUCACAAGCUGGGCGGCACUUGCGUGAACGUUGGAUGUGUACCCAAAAAGGUAAUGUGGAACACAGCCGUGCACUCGGAAUUCAUACAUGAUCACGUGGAUUACGGCUUUCAAAACUGCAAGAGUAAAUUCAAUUGGCAUGUCAUCAAGGAGAAGCGGGAUGCUUACGUGAGCCGCCUGAACAACAUCUACCAAAACAAUUUAACCAAGUCCCACAUUGAAGUCAUCCACGGCUACGCAACAUUUGCAGAUGGCCCCCAGCCCAUGGUGGAAGUCAACGGGAAAAAGUUCACUGCUCCGCACAUCCUGAUUGCCACGGGUGGUGUGCCCACGGUUCCUCAUGAGAGCCAGAUCCCAGGUGCCAGUCUGGGGAUAACCAGUGAUGGGUUCUUUCAGCUGGAAGACUUGCCCAGCCGCAGCGUCAUUGUGGGUGCCGGUUACAUUGCCGUGGAGAUUGCGGGCAUCCUCUCCGCCCUGGGCUCCAAGACGUCUCUUAUGAUCAGGCAUGAUAAGGUGCUUAGAAGCUUUGAUUCACUCAUCAGUUCCAACUGCACCGAGGAGCUGGAGAACGCUGGCGUGGAGGUGUUGAAGUUCACACAGGUUAAGGAAGUAAAGAAGACCUCAUCGGGCUUGGAACUCCAUGUGGUUACUGCACUUCCUGGUAGGAAACCCACCAUGACCACGAUUCCAGAUGUCGAUUGCCUGCUCUGGGCCAUUGGACGGGACCCAAAUUCUAAGGGCCUGAAUCUAAAUAAACUGGGGAUUCAGACUGAUGACAAAGGCCAUAUCCUAGUGGACGAGUUCCAGAAUACCAAUGUCAAAGGUGUCUAUGCCGUGGGCGAUGUCUGUGGGAAAGCACUUCUCACCCCAGUUGCGAUCGCUGCUGGCCGGAAACUCGCCCAUAGACUUUUUGAGGGCAAAGAAGAUUCCAGGUUGGACUAUGACAACAUCCCUACCGUGGUCUUCAGCCACCCGCCUAUCGGGACAGUGGGGCUCACUGAAGAUGAAGCCGUCCAUAAGUAUGGCAAAGACAAUGUGAAAAUCUAUUCGACCGCCUUCACCCCGAUGUAUCACGCUGUGACCACGAGGAAGACGAAAUGCGUGAUGAAGAUGGUUUGUGCCAACAAAGAGGAGAAGGUGGUUGGCAUCCACAUGCAGGGGAUUGGCUGCGAUGAGAUGCUUCAGGGCUUCGCUGUAGCAGUGAAAAUGGGGGCCACCAAGGCCGACUUCGACAACACGGUCGCCAUUCAUCCUACCUCCUCAGAAGAGCUGGUCACACUGCGCUGAGAGCCCUGGGACUCGUGGCUAGCAGUCCAACCAGUGGGCCUCUGGGAGGAACCAAUCAAGUUUACGUCCUGCGCCAGCUUUAUAGAUUUCUGUAUUUUAAUCAGGAACUUCUGGUGGUGUAAAUUUCUAGUUAAGCAAAAAAUCGAGGUCUUAAGUGUCUAAUCAUAAGGUUGUUUUGUUAAUCCGGGGUUGGUUUUCAUUUGAUAAUAUUUACACUAGUUAGCAUUUUCAUUUCUUUUUUUUAAUUAACAGCCUGUGUUCUUUGUGUUUUUCUUGCUUUGGCCUCAUUCCAAGUUUAAAUAUAUGAAGUACACGGAAGUUAGCACACCUGACGGAUGACUAUAGCAGCUAAUUUUUUUUUUCUGUGCAGCCCAGGGUAAGCUCAAACAACUCAAAAUCCUCCAGCUACAGCCUCAUGAGCGCUGCCAUUCUGGGCGUGCGUGGCCUCUCCCGGCCUAGCUUGCUAGUUUUAUAUGAUGGUAAGUCUCCAUCUAUAAAUAUGCAAGUAUACAGAAUACAUGUGUGCUUUUCGACCUGGUGUUUCUGUAUAGGAAAGCUGCCCUGAGGAUGCUACCUCCGUUCUUCUGUCUUUAGUGAUGUUUAAAUGGUUUGCAUUAUUUUCAUGAAAUGAAGUGCGUUAAGGUUAGGAGACUGAGGCUGGUUAGAUAAAGGAGAGGUUUCCUGGAGAUGACUGUAUGCAGGAGGGAGGGCCACCCAGGGGCCCUUCCUUCUGAGUAUUCCCAGUUCCGUCAGGCGUUUCAGUAUUUCUGUGGUUUUUUUUUUUUUUAAACGAAAACUAUUCCAAAAAUUUCAAAUUCACUGCAUUGUCCUAUAAAAUUUGUUAUGAACUGUA